UGUUGUUGUUUGUGCUUUAAGCAGCACAAGCAAAGCCCCAUCUUUCAUUAUACUGAAGAGAAAACAUUAGUGUAUUAGUAUAGUGUGAACUGUCCCUUUCAAGGGAAUGAUUGAGUCACUGAUUGUAGAAAUAAUUAACUGGAGGAACUGAGGUGGUAGUCUGAAAACUUUAGCAGAUAAUGUUAUCUACAUGGCUAGAUACCACUAGCAAUAAGUGGGUAAGUGAGAAAACCACUUUUAUUGUCAUUUGGAAAGAAUUUUUUUAAAGCUUACUUUUGAGAUGUACCGUAUUUUUUGGCACAAGGCACCUCCUGACACCGCAGACAUAUGCAACCAUCCUAUCAUAUUUAAAUUUUCUCAUCGCUUAUGUUUAAUUUCAGUGUAUUACUAAAUUAGAUCAGUGAAGAAUACCAGAAUAUUAACAUGGACGUGUAAAGGAAACCUCUGAGAACCUCUGAGUUUAAGAUGUUUUAACACAGCUGUGGAUAUUUGUGUUUUCAGCAGGUGUGAAGGAUGUCAGACAUAUUGUAUGAACCCAACACUGUGUGAGUCAGCGAUCAGUCUCUCGGAGCAUCAGCAGUCACACAGAAUGAAGUACAUAGCUCACACAGCUCACUUGCAGUUCUUGGGCCUGAUAGAAGGAAUCCUGGCAUGGAUCCUCAUUAUGGCCACGGUUGGCCUCAACGAGUGGCGGCUGUGGCACGUGGCUGAUGAGUCUGUCAUCACCUCAGGCAUAGCCUGGGUGGGUAUCUGGAGGGUGUGUUUCUACAGUCACGUCCUUCCCAAAAUAGAGAACUGUCAAAGCAUCAGCAUCGCGGACCACUUUGUUCCUGCAGAGAUCCCCGUGGCUCAGGUGCUGAUGCUGCUGGGAGUGAUCUGUGGCCUGGCAGCGAACAUCAGUGCUGCAGUAGCUAUGAGAAUGGUCUACUUCUCUGUGGAGGAUCGUAGGAAAAUAAGGCUGGUCUUCAUGCUGGCAGGGACCCUGUAUGUGGUGACUAGUAUGUCCUGCUUGGUGCCGCUCGGGUGGAACAUGAACUCUGUACUGAACAACAGUACAAUAGACUUUCCUCCUGAAUUCCAUCUCCCCACAGCUCCUGUCAGGCAGCAAGUUGGCUCGGCUAUUGGAGUGGGCAUCUUCGCCUCCAUACUGAUGCUCAUAAGCGGACUGCUUUUUCUUUGCUACCGCUACGCCUGGCAGGCACUGAGCUCAGAGCCCCACAAAGACACCAAGGACCCUCUCCAUGGUCCCUGGACAGAAACGACCCUGACACCAACGUCUGAAUUGCCAAACAGAGACUACUGUGGCAGAGAUAAUCCUGCAUUUCACACUGAAGAAGCCUCAUGAUAAUCAAAUGUAUUUGUUUGUUUGUUAAAUUUGUAAUUGUUUUCCUCUAUGGGAAAGUGACUUAGACAAUAUCAGAG